AUGAACGACUCACUUAGCCAGCACGAUCAAGAGAGGCUCUCUACGCCAUGCCGGGAUGGACCACCUGAGGAGAUGGUAUAUUUGGUCACCGGGGCCAACCGAGGCAUCGGACAGGGUCUCGUUGAAGCCUUUCUCGAACGUCCCAAGAGCACCGUGGUCGCUUGCUCGGAUGAUAGUGGUGCAGCUGGACUGCAACUCGGAAACCGACGCCCAGACAGCCGUCCAAACCUGCGGGAAGAGUACGGGGUGACGCACUUGGACGUGGUGGUUGCCAAUGCGGCCAUGGCGACGAACUUUGGGCCCGCGUCCACUAUGCCUCUCGAACAUCUCCAGGCGCACAUGAUGGUCAAUAUGUAUGCUCCCGUCUUGCUGUUUCAGGCAACCCGCCUGAUGCUGCAGCAGUCCAAGCAACAGGCCAAGUUUGUCUUGAUCGGCGCCCCGAUCAGCACCAUCACCAACAUGCACAACUACGCGCGGGCCCCACUCACAGCGUACGGAGUGUCGAAGCUGGCGGCCAACUACAUGGUGCGCAAAUUCCACUUUGAGAACAAAUGGCUCACGGCCUUCAUCAUCGAUCCAGGACAUGUCCAAACCGAUAUGGGCGACCAAGGAGCGCGGCUGAUGGGCCGCCCGCGGGCUCCAACAACUGUCGCAGACAGUGUAGCAGGCAUCUGUGCUCGGAUUGAUGAAGCGACCAAGGAAACUACAUCGGGGCACUUCGUUAUCCACACGGAUGGAUCUCAACUCUCCUGGUAG